CACAAAUCACAUUUGGUCAAACUUAUAAUUUGAUUAUGUUUUAAUUUUUAAACUCAUUUAAGGUAAACUAUUAAAAUACUUCAUAUCAAAAAGAUAUCAAAGAUACAAAGAAUAAUAAUAUUCAUUAAUUCAUGUUUUUCUUCUUUCUCUUCUUAUAGCAAAAAAUAAUGUUUUUAUAACCAACCGUUUGUUCAUCACAAAAAAACCACCCCAAAAUCACCAACCAAUUCUUCCAAUUUCUCUUUGUUCUUCACUCCAAACCCAAAUCGAUCACAAACCCUUGUCAAUUUCCUAAUCCCCACCAAGAAAAACCCUAACUUUUAGGGUUUUGUUGAAUUUGUGAAAAGGGUUUUUUUUUUUAAUUUUCACCGUACGGUGAAUUUCAUGUGAUUUUUGUAGAUGAAUCAAGAAUCCCAGAUGAAUAAGACAUCAAAGAAGGGCAUCAUCACUGAAGAAGAUGUAUCCACCAUUUUACAAAGGUACACAGCUGCAACAGUGAUAACUUUGCUUCAGGAAGUGGGUCAAGUUCAGGAUGCAAAGAUUGACUGGAAUUCAUUGGUCAAACGGACUAAAACCGGCAUAACAAAUCCAAGGGAGUACCAGAUGCUGUGGCGCCAUUUGGCGUAUCGUGAUGAACUAGUCGAAAAGCUAGAGGAUCAGGAUAAACCUCUGGAUGAUGAUAGUGAUUUGGAAUAUGAGCUGGAAGCGUAUCCAACUGUCAACAACGAGGCGUCGGUGGAGGCUGUAGCAUGUGUCAAGGUACUCUUAGCAUCUGGUUCAACACGCGACUCAGGCUUAGAAAAGGGAUUAACUGUUGAGGCACCAUUGGUGAUAAACAUACCUACUAGCAAGUCAACCGGAAAUUUGUCAGAAAGUCAACAAGGUGGUAAUAAUAUAAGAGGGACCAACAUCGCGGUUCCAGUUUGCGUGCAAAAGCAGCCACUGCCAUCAGCAGCAGCAGUAGUUGCAACGUCUACCGAAGAAGUGGAUAAAACUAACGGUGGAAGUGGCGGCGGCAACUUGCCGCCUCGCCGGAAACGAAAGCCAUGGUCUGCGGCUGAGGAUAUGGAAUUGUUUGCUGCGGUUCAGAAAUGCGGUGAAGGGAAUUGGGCGAACAUUAUAAAAGGAGAUUUUAAGGGGGAUAGAACUGCUUCACAGCUUUCUCAGAGGUGGAAUAUUAUCAAGAAGCGUAAAAAUGUCAACCCGAAUGUCAGGACUGGAGCACAACUUUCCGAGGUACACCUGGCAGCUCGGAGGGCACUUAACAUGGCUCUUGAUCAACCGGUCGCCAAUAGUUUGAAGGCAUCUUCUUCACUUGGUAGGACAAAAUCGAGCAUCGCGAGCCUUACUUCCAUGCGUCCUAUCGUACCCGACGCUCCGUCUGGUCCCACCGCUCUUCAAGAUCAUCAGUCCGGUGAAGACGCAUCCGUGCUAACAAAAACUUUUCCAAAAAUCCUACCGAAAACCUCUCCAAGAUCUCUUAUUAACGGUCCGGAUCCCGUAAAAGCAGCCGCAGUUGCCGCUGGGGCCCGCAUUGCAACCCCGUCGGCUGCUGCAGCUAUACUGAAGCAACAGUUAAAGUCUGCCAUUCAUGUUAACAAAACAAACAUUUCCAGUUUUCGUGAUCUUCAUGCACCGAAGGUCUCACGUCCUCACGACCAAGUGGGACCCGUGGUCCCGUUAAAUCCAGUCAGCACCGCCGCACAAGAAACAAAUGGUGUUACAGUUCCAAUUUCCAGCUCACCGAAAAUAGCCCAACAAGAUCAGGCUGCGGUUUCUCAAGGUGCGUCGGAAAAGGAAGUUAAAGAAACUGCGGGGUCGCGUGUUGAACCGGAGAAAGAAAGCGCGGAACAGGAGAUAUGAAGAAUCGGUUUCGGGUUGUCUGUUGGGUAGUAUGGUCAGUUUUGGUAGGAAUUUUAACUUCAUUUCUUUUCUUUUUGUAUGUUGUGUUGUAUACAGUUUUGUUAGAAGUUGUCAAGAAUUUUUACUUUUUUUUAGUGGGAAUUUUCUUUUGUUGAUGAUGGAUC